AUGGGAGGUCCUGUUGAGCAACUUAUCAAUGAUUUUGGCAUCCAGUUUAUCCAUAGUACUCCAUAUUAUGCUCAGUCCAACGGUCAGGCGGAAGCCAGCAACAAGAUUAUUAUUACCCUGUUAAAGAAGAUGCUGGUAGAAAACCCGCGACAAUGGCACGAUACUUUGUAUGAGACCGUCUGGGCUUACCGCACCUCCAAGAGGAAUCCCACUGCUACUACACCCUAUGCACUAAUGUUUGGUCACGAUGCAGUUCUACCCUUGGAAAUCAAUGUUCAUUCCUUACGCGUGCAAGAUCAGCACCACUUGAUAGGUGAAGAUUAUCGCAUCACCUGCGCCUAUGAUAAGCGGACACGUGGUCGCAGUUACAAAGAAGGAGACCUGGUCUGGAAAGCAGUCUUGCCCUUUGGCGAGAAAUUGACCGGUCUCGGUAAGUGGACUCCUCGCUGGGAAGGACCCUUUAUUAUCCACCGCAUUUUGGAAUGUGGAGCUUUUCAUCUCAAGGAUUUGGAUGGCGAAAUCCAUCGCAAUCCCAUCAAUGGGCGAUUCCUGAAAAAAUAUUACCCUAGUGUUUGGGAGUUCGAAGAUCCACCGGAUCCACCUUCGUCCCAGACUGGGGGGCAAUCAUAG